UUUGGUUUUGUUUCUGUCAAUUCUGAUUUCUGGUUGCCUGUGGAUUUUUAGUCACCGGUACCUAUUAAAAAUUAGUAUUUUCUAAUAAAAGAGCAAAGAAAAACCAAAAUGGUGUCACUCAACCCCAUCAGAAUAUUAAAAAAUGAAGCAGAAGAGGAAAAGGCCGAAGUGGCCCGUAUGUCCAGCUUCAUUGGUGCUAUUGCCAUCGGAGACUUGGUGAAGAGUACCUUGGGCCCUAAGGGUAUGGACAAAAUCCUCGUUUCUUGUGGCAGAAAUGCUGGCCAGGUUGAGGUUACAAAUGACGGCGCUACUAUUUUGAAAUCCAUCGGUGUUGAUAACCCAGCAGCCAAGAUCUUGGUGGACAUGUCUAAAGUACAAGAUGAUGAAGUUGGUGAUGGAACAACAUCUGUGACUGUUUUAGCCGCUGAAUUACUUCGUGAAGCUGAGAAAUUAGUUGAGCAGAAGCUCCACCCACAGACCAUUAUUGCUGGAUGGCGUAUUGCUGUUGAUGCUGCUAAACAGGCCCUUUCAGACGCUAGCUUUGACCAUGAGAAGAGUUUCAAUGAAGCUGCUCUCCGAGCUGAUCUGGAAAACAUUGCCCGCACAACAUUGAGCUCAAAAAUUUUGUCAAACCACAAAGAACAUUUCACAAAGUUAGCUGUAGAUGCAGUCCUCCGUCUCAAAGGCUCAGGCAACCUGAAGGCUAUCCAGAUCAUUAAGAUUUCUGGAGGUCUGUUAGAAGAAUCCUUCCUCGAUGAAGGUUUUUUGUUAAACAAGAAGGUUGGAGUACAUCAACCUAAACGCUUGGAGAAUGCCAAUAUAUUGAUUGCAAACACACCCAUGGACACAGAUAAGAUCAAAGUCUUUGGUUCCACCAUUAAAGUAGACUCCAUGGCCAAGAUCGCUGAGCUGGAGGUUGCUGAAAAAGAAAAAAUGAAGGACAAAGUUAACAAAAUCUUGGCUCACAAGUGCAAUGUCUUCAUCAACAGGCAACUUAUCUACAACUACCCAGAGCAGCUGUUUGCUGACGCCGGCGUGAUGGCGAUUGAGCACGCCGAUUUCGACGGCAUUGAGCGACUUGCUCUUGUUACCGGUGGUGAAAUUGUAUCCACAUUUGAUUCACCUGAGAAAGUUAAACUGGGACACUGCAAAGUUAUUGAACAGGUGUUGAUUGGUGAUGAGUGCCUUAUCCGAUUCUCCGGCGUGGAGUUGGGCUCGGCGUGUACCGUGGUCAUCCGCGGUGCUACGCAACAGGUCAUCGACGAGGCUGAGCGUUCGCUGCACGACGCUCUCUGCGUAUUAGCCGCUACUGUUAAAGAGCCUAAAGUUAUUUAUGGUGGAGGUGCCAGUGAGAUGCUGAUGGCGGAGGCAGUGUCCCGCGUAGCAGCGCGCACUGCUGGUAAGGAGUCUGCAGCGGCCGAGGCAUUCGCCGUAGCGCUACGCCGCCUGCCGUCCGCCGUAGCCGACAACGCGGGCUACGACUCCGCUGACCUCAUCUCCCGUCUGCGCGCACACCACGCCCAAGGAGAAACUACCAUGGGUUUGGACAUGCAAAAUGGCCGCGUAGGUGACAUGAAGAAGCUUGGCAUCACUGAAUCGUACGUCGUUAAACGUCAGGUGCUACUGUCUGCGUCGGAGGCUGCUGAGAUGAUUCUCCGUGUGGACAACAUUCUGAAGUCUGCGCCGCGCCGCCGCGGACCCGACCGUCGUCCUUGCUAAGAUAUGAUACUCGGACACUAACAUAAGUAGAAGUGGGAAAAUACGAGACUAGAAGCCGAAAUACACUAACGUUGCUUCAUUUAUAGUAAUGUUUAAGUCUAAUGCUAUCUCUUUAAGAAGAGUCAAACAGACUAAGUAUCGUUUGUGUAUAAGGUGUGUAACUCUGGUUAGUUUACAUGUGUCUCAUACAAUGUAUUUUCAUACAUUAACUGUCAAAAAUAAACUCUGAUUGAAUAAACCACUUCUGUUUAUAUAUUAUUGUAUUAAAUGCACUUUUGUGCGGUAAAAUGCUUUUAUGUCAGAACCAACUUUUAAUAACUUUAAGUUUAGCUUUACCAGUCUCGCCUUAUCAGUCAUGGAGCAGAACAUUUUUGUAACACAUGUCUGUGACUGCACUAAGAUUUACAAUAACACACCAUUUUUUAAUAUUUCAGUGAUUGCGUGUUAAAAUAAGUAUUUUGUGUUUACAAAGUGGAACUUUAUGAAUGAAACGAUAACAUUUUAUUUUCGACUUACGUCCUUCUAGGUUUGCUAGCUAAAUCACAUUCAGCUGCGCUAGUUUCAUUUACAUUAGCUUUUAGUUUAAAUAAUGGCCGUUAAUGCCUCGGUAUUAAUGUAUUAACAUAUAAUUUAAUAAAUUUUAACUGAAUUUC